AUGAGUAAUGUGGGUGUUCCGAUAAAGCUUCUCUUCGAAGCCGAGGGGAUGAAAGUCACAGCCGAGAUGAAAAAUGGCGAAAUAUAUAGAGGACUGCUGCUUAGUGCGGAAGAGACUAUGAACUUAUCAUUGUCGGACGUGCUGAGAACGGCUCGAAACGGACAAAUUUCCAAAUUACCCAGUGUAUACCUAAGAGGGAGCAGCAUUCGUUUCAUCGCCCUUCCCGAUCUGUUGAAAAAUGCUCCUGUAUUCCAAAAGGUCACAAUGAUGAAACGUAAAAUGGAACAAGAACAGGAAGAAAGGCAGCAAGGGUCGAAAAGAAAACGUGGGGAUUAG